AAUGUGUGGAUUGUGUGGCGUGAAAAAUAGAAGCGUGUGCGUGAAUGAGAAUUGUUGUGUUGUGGCUUGUGCGUAAUGUGCGUUGACCUGCAAACAUUAUUUUGAAAACUGUCGAAUUGCAUAAAUUUCGAUGACUUUAAAGUGUACCUGACCGCUAAUGGCAUCGUGUGUGGUGACAGUGCCAGGAUAAUUUUAGAUGCAACAAGAAGAAAACACCGUUGUGUAAUAUUUUAAUUGAAUGCUACUAUGAUGUCUACGAGAAGCGGCCGAGUUAGGUCGUCUAUGGUGGAUUCCAGUCCACCGCGAGGUCGGAAAGGAGUUUCGCCACCUCGAUCGCCUGCUAGAGGACGUAAAAGCUCGCCUCCCGCUAGGUCGCCCUCCCGCAAAUCGCCCGCGCGCAAAUCUCCGAGUCGCAAACCAGCGCCGAAGUUUCCCGCGCGAAAAUCUCCAUCGAGGUCAACAAAAGAAGCUACCGAAACUGCUCCAAAAUCACCAGUAAAGCGACCUACGAUAUCGGACGUGGAAAUAAAACUGAAAGACGUUACUGCAACCAAAGAGACUUAUCGUAGCGUCCGUACGCGGCGCUCGGAAUAUUCCAUCAAAGAUUACACUCCGGCAUUUACUGUUGACUUAACAUUAAACGGAUUGGAAAGUGAGCUGUCGAAAGAUGUUUACGGUCUUAGAAACCGGAAAACGGUUGAGGAAGUAGCGCCGCGUCGAUCCGGUAGGCUGCGGGAAUCCAGUAUCAAUGGAGCAGACAUCAGACGUAGCCUUAGCAAGUCCGUCAGUAAAUCCGUCAGCAAAUCCGUCAGCCAGUCGAUUGACACAUUUUCUGAAGGUGAAAAUUCAGAAGAAGAUUACAAGAGAGAGAAAUCCAGAUCGGUGACGAGGAGAUUAGCGACUCCUUUGAGAGAAAGUGUUAGCAGACUUGGGCAAGGAAGUAAAUGGGAGUUUGGAGGAAGAAUUGGAUCAGCCAUACUCAUUCUACUGUUACCAUUGACUGUGUUGUCUAUUUUGAUAUCUUGCACAAAGGUAUGCACAAUCGAGCCCCUGAAAAACUGGCCUGCGUUGAAGAAUCUCUCGCUAUGGUUCAGUUUAAAAUCCACACUUGUCUACCUAGACCAGGUAGUUGUACAAGCAGUUUGGGCUCUGCUGCCAAUUUUAGGCCCAAAAGCAGACAGAAUGGAUGAUUCCAAUAACACUUACUGUUUCAAUGCCUUCUUCUCAAGCAUAUUUACCAUCAUAACACUUUUCACCUUUGAUUUCUUUCAAAUUAUCAACAGUGACACAAUUUUGAAAGAUUACUUGAAACUGGCUGUUAUUGCAUACAUUUUUGCCGUGAUUCUAUCUGUAGCACUGUUUUUGAAAAGUCGCAAAAGUGUAAACUUAAACCCAUAUGGCAACACAGGAUAUGUUCUUUAUGAUUUUUGGAUGGGAAGAGAGAUACAUCCCUUCAUCAAGAAGCUGGAUGUCAAGAUUUGGGUUUCGAGGAUCUCCAAUAUAAGUGCACUGAUUCUUUCAGUCCUGAUUUUCAAGCAAGGCUAUCAUCUACAGACUAAAGAAAAUGAAGAAUUAAUUUUAACUCCACAAAAUUACAAUGAAAUUUGGAUGAAAUUGCAACUACAACCAACUAUCAUUCUGUAUUCAAUGAUGCAAAUCAACUACUUGUUAAACUUCAUAAUGAGAGAAUACAGAGUCACUACCACCUUGUUCUGGCAUUCCGAAGGCUUGGGGUACUACCAAAUAGUUUCCAGUGCUCUUUAUCCAUUCUACUUCACAACCAUCUCCAAAUUUGUGGCCGAUGCUAACAUAACUCUGUCAAACAACAUCCUGAUUGUGGCUGCAGUCAUCUACAUAACUGGUUUCCUUUUGAUGAUUAUAAGCAACAACAUAAAGUAUGAAUUCCGGAAAAACCCUUUGCAACCAAGCGUUACACAUCUGGACUCCAUGCCUACAUUCCAUGGGAAGAAGCUACUCAUCUCCAGUACAUGGGGUGUCCUUCGCCAUCCUAACUAUUUAGGUGACAUCCUUAUCCACAUAGCACUAGCAAUCCCUGGUAUAGUAUCCCAGCAUUACAUGGCUGCUGCACCGGCUCUUCUGACGAUAUUAAUGCUACUGCACAGAGCUUGGAGGGACCACAGCAGAUGCCAGAGGCGCUAUGGCACGGCCUGGCAAAGAUAUUGCAAUAAAGUACCCUCUGCCAUUUUGCCUAAGAUUCUAUAAUUCAUAAAAGUACAAUAGUUACCAUUAAGCUUUUUUUUAUUUGAAAAUCGAAAUAACCUUUUACUCAUUGUAAAGAGGUAUCUUAAUAGAUUUUUUUUACUUUUAUUUUAGUAUGAAUUUGACAUGGUUAAUGAAAUUUGUAAAUCAAUUUUGGUGUAUCCAUCACAAGCGAUUGAUUGAUGUUUUUUUUUUGUAGAAUUAGUCUAUAAGCUGGAUUAGGAGUAAUAAAGUAAGUUGUAUUAGCUACUGCAUGCUCAAUACUUAAAAACAAAUUUUUGCCGUUUUAGACCACCGUUUUUUCGAAUGUGACUUAGCUCUCUUAAAUAUUUAACUUUAUUUUUAAUUGACAAUCUCAUUUUCAGUAUUGAAUAAAAUUUCUGUCAUGUACUUUUAAAUAGAUUUAAUUAGUUUGAUACAAGUAGUAUAUCCAAAGCAAUAAGAUCAAUUUUAUCAAUUUUCUUUUUUUUAAUAAUUGUAAUUAAGUUUUUUGUAAUCAUGCUAAUGCCUUUGUUAAUAUAUUUUUGAUAUUGAUAGAGGGAUUACAUCUCAUCUUUGAAUCUUAUGUUUACUAUGAAUUGCUGGUAUUUAUAUCUUAGUGUUAUUUACAAUUACUUUCUUGGACGUUAAACACUUCUAUACUCAAUGUAAUGUCUUCCUUCACUUGUCAGCUUACGACAGUAUAGCGCUUGCAGUGGCAGUUGUCAUUGCCUGCAUUACUGCUUAAAUUCUCAUCUCUUGUAUUUGAAUCUUAACUUACUGCAUUUAUUAUUAUUGUUGUACUAUCUCUAAUUAAAACGCAUUUUUUGUUCAGUGAUUUUGUUUUCUAUGUUUACCAACUAACAUAGUUUUGCUAGUUGCAUUAGCUAUAAGUAUUAUUACGUUUAUAUUAUAUAAAUACGAUACCAGCCAUUGUGCCUCGAGACUGCUUCAAAAGCAUAAACUUAUAAUCGUAAUUUGGACGAUAUAAAUGCAUUUUAAUGUCAAUUUAAGAAACGAUUGAUAAGCAUUUUCUUUGGUGUAUUCACAUUAUAGCAUACUAAUAUACUCUUAAAGUGUUGUAAACUAAGAGUGAAGACAUUUUAUAAAUAUUUUAAUGCUCAAAAUUUGUUUUAAAGUAACUAUUCCGCCUUGAACACCCACGGAUCAAAUUAUACUUAAAUUGUGUAUACAUUUUACUAAGAAAGUAAUUUAGUUAAUAACACUGUUGGGUUGUAUUAUUUUAUAGACUAGUAUGAUUUCUGUUAUCACAUUAAUGUUGUAGUGAAUACCUACAUUUAUCAUACACUUGUAUUGGCUCACUUGGAUCGCACAGUGUUAUAAUUUAAGGUCUCAAAAUGUGUUACAUGCAUUAGGUAUAUAAUAUAAUUCAAUUGCGUUCGAAGUGACCCAACAAUUAAUAAUAAUUAUAAUUUAUACGUACAGUACAUAUCAAUUAUUAUUAAAAUUAUCAUUUUUCGUACAUGAAAUAAAUACUAAGGUAGACACAUUGUUUAUACAAGUGCUAGAAUGCAUAGCAUAGCUUAAUUUUACCUAUACAUGAUAUUAUGUAUCCAUCUGCGCACCUUUUAAAAAAAUCGGACAAUUAAGUUUUUUUUUAUCUUAUUGGUAUGUAUUGUAAUUCUACUAGAAUAAACAAACAGGAUUCUGUUUCUCUAGGUAAUUUACUUUUAUACUCUGUAGUGUGAACCAUUUUUGUGUUAAUA